GGGUAACCUCAUAGUUUGUGAUGGCGUCUGCUGGACAACGUGUCCCCGUCCUCUCCGUUCCCCCAGAAAUCCUCACGCGAAUCUUCGAAGAAACUGUCGAACAAGCACACGCUCAGGAUGGACAAGGAGGUUGGCCCUAUCACCCCUGCCAACAGCAGUGUAUCAUGGACUGGAUUCCCAUAACUCGCGUCUGUUCCCAAUGGCGCACCAUCGCCAUAGCACACAAGAGGCUCUGGAGUCAUAUCCUGUUUUUCGAUGUAGAGUACGCAAAGCUCAUGCUUGCUCGCGCCGGCUCGGUUCCCCUCACCGUCACUCUUUACCUCGAUCACACACGUUUUGACUACGACGACCUUCGUAACCUAUCAAAUCUCCUCAAACAAAACUUACACAGGGUGAAGGACCUGCAUCUAGAGGGACCAAACAGAGAUCCCGGCGAAGACUUGACGCGGCAGUUCCGCGAGAACCUGCAACAAGGCGAUAGCUUAGGCAACAGGGUCAAACUGCAGACCCUGACCCUCGUCUUAAGCGGCUCAUGGAGGCGUGCUCUGGCUAACCCUCACAGCAUCAAAAAACUGUUCAUGAAGUUAGCCAACCCGACUUUGGAGAAACGGGAAGAUGCACUCCUGUUUGAAGGCAUGGAUCAGCUGGAAGAGCUGGUUAUAGAACGCUCUUUCUCGAUGGCGGACGGGAUAAAGGGUCGUAAAAUUUACCUACCGCAACUCUCGCGUCUGCAUCUCGAUGAUGGGAUGAUGUCAUGCCUUGAAUUCCUCACUGAGCUCCAGAAACCCCGCCCACUUCUUUACUUCGGUCUCAAGACAGGGUCGUGCGAUGUCAAGAGCGACCUCCCCUCACUUAACAGGCUUGUCAAGCUCUCCACUCCCAGUGGCGAAGUUAAUCUUAACAAUCUUUCUGGCCACCACUGUGCCCUACGUGUUGGUACUCCGGCGGAGCAUCGAUUUUCGAGAGGUGGAACGCGAUUCUCGCUCACUGCGUGGCGGAAGGAAACGGCAACUGCAUCACAGGUGGUGGGAUUUGCCCACCAGGACAAGAUCCCCCCGCUUCCUGACAUUUUCACCUUUGAGGACGAUGAAGACUCGGACGACUACGGGGGAUACGGACUGCCGCCCAACCGCAAUGGCAUGCCAUGGUUCCGAAGCACGGAUCCGGCUUUGUACCUUGCUGGCGAUCUUCGAGGUGGAGUAGGGUCACGCGUGAGCCACCGUGUUGACGGUUUGAUGCUUCUAUCCAAGGCAUUCAUGCUCCGUAACGUCGUAUUUGCCGACGUCAACGCAACCUUUGGAGAAGAGGACGCCGUUCCCGAGGAGGGUCUGCUCGCAUUCUUGCAGGCCAUGCCCUCUCUGCAAGUUCUCCAGCUGCGAGGCCUGUCACCACGUCACUUCCUUACGCUGAUGCCUCGAGACGUGUCUAAAUCCCGGAUAGUUCCAGUUCCAGAGCUGAGAGAACUCUGGAUAAUUGAUACGAGCUUCUUCCCAGACGAGGACGACUAUGACAGCGAGUCUGACCAACAGACGGACUCUGACGAGUCGCAGGACACGCUAGCGGAUUGUCUCGCUGCGCGAGCAGCCCUUGGGAGCCGGCUGGAGAAACUCGUUCUCGAGGACUGCGAGGAUAUGCAGCGCCAGGAAUGGGCGUCUCUCCAUGAGCUGGGUAUCUCCAUUGAAGUGUUUGGUAAUUAUCCCGUGUGCCAGGACUUGGACGACGUCUGAGGGUCUCUACGUUGUGAAUUGCCCUUGGCUGCGCAGUUUCUUUCCUCGCUCACCUAUAUGAGCUUCCUCCGCUUUCUUCCCUGCUCAUUUAUUUUUUACGAGAAUUAUCCAUUAAGCUUCAACGUUCAACGUUACUUAAUACAUUUGCUACUGCUGCGACGCAGUUAACAAAUAGCCCCUGAGUAUGCUGUGUCGCGCCUUGCCCGCCAUAGAGUGACGCC